AUGAAUCGGUUAGGGUUCAAAAUCGAAGUGUUCGAAGGCGACGCGCGUUUAGGCGAACUCGAUGUUACUCCGGUGACCGCUUUUCAGAAUUUCCGAUUCCCGAACAACGAGAUUCGCAUCCACCAUAGAACCUUCAGAAGCGAGCGUUGUCCUCCGCUCUCGAUUCUUCAAGCGGUUUCCGCGUUCAAUGUUCGAUGUAAACUUGAUUCAUCGCUUUCCAUCGAACAACCGGCGUUAAUCAACCUCCACGCUUCGUGUUUCCAUGAAAUGAAGACUGCGGUGGCUGUGGUUGGGGACGAAGAGCUUCAUCUAGUGGCGAUGCCGAAUGAGACUUUGAUUGUUGCGAACACGAUGAAGUCGUUUGAAGAUAGGAUUGACGCGUUGCGUAGUUGGCUUUCGAGGGAGAGUGAUCCGGCAAGGGUGCAGGGUAUGUCUGGUGAGCUCAAGCGUUACUUGGAGGAUAGGUUGCUGUUGAAGCAGUUUAUUGAGACUAAUUCUGUAGUUGAUAGUAAUGGAAAGCUGUAUCAGGUUCAGAUGGAGGAAGUGUCUUCUUUGACUGAACAGAAAGUUCUCCGGCCUGUUGUUAGGUUGCAAGAUAGGAAUAUUGUCCUUACUCGAAUCAAUCCCGAGAUUCGUGAUACUAGUGUACUAGUAAGGUUACGGCCUGCUUGGGAGGAUUUACGAUGCUAUUUAACUGCAAGAGGACGCAAGCGUUUUGAAGUAUAUGUCUGUACUAUGGCUGAAAGGGAUUAUGCCUUGGAAAUGUGGAGGCUUCUCGACCCAGGGGCACAUCUUAUAGGUUCAAAGCAAGUCUUUGAUCGGGUUAUUUGUGUUAAAUCAGGUUCCCGAAAAUCUUUGCUAAAUGUUUUUCACGAUGGUAUGUGCCAUCCAAAAAUGGCAAUGGUGAUUGAUGACCGUUCAAAGGUUUGGGAAGACAAGGACCAGCCAAGGGUUCAUGUGGUUCCUGCCUUUACUCCUUACUAUGCUCCUCAAGCAGAGACAGCCAAUGCUGUCCCAGUCCUAUGUGUAGCGAGAAAUGUUGCAUGCAAUGUCAGGGGUUGUUUUUUCAAGGAGUUUGAUGAGAACUUUUUACAAAGAAUCGCUGAAGUCUUCUUUGAGGACGAGGUUGGAAGUUUACCUCACCCUCCAGAUGUGAGCAGCUACUUGAUGUCUGAGGAUGUGCCAAAUGGUAAUGGGCAAGCUAAUGCUCCCAUCAGUGAAGGAAUGAGUGGCUCAGAGGUUGAGCGUAGGUUAAACCAACCUGAUGAUAAGCUUUCUGCUGAUUUAGUCAGUCGGCCCAUGGCAAAUAGUGUUGAGUUCAGACAUGAAACCUCUCAGUCAACGGCUGGCAUAGUCCCAAAUGUCACUGGUCCUGGAUCAUCAAGGCCCUUGAUUGCUUCUCAGAAACCGGGUCUGCUGGGACCUCCAGUCAAACAUGACGGAAGUUUUAUUGAUCGUGAUUAUGACAUGAAAAAAGGACUAUUAAAUAUGAGGCAUGGUUCUGAUAUAAGAGGUCAAAGUUCAGCUGAACCCCCUCUGAUAUCGAGGCCACCUGUUCCUGCAUACGGAAGCUGGUUGGUAGAAGAUGAUAUAAGCAACAGAACUCAGAUAAAUAAUUGGCCUUUUGCAUCCGUGAAAGAAUCUAAUGUGGUAAAGUCUGAAAAGCAUCAGGCUCAACCAAAACAAUUUUCUCAUAAAAUGGAAGCUCCAGUUUCCAAUGUCCCACUCUCACAGACACCACAACUUAAGUCUGAAGAGGCAAUUUCUGUAUCUGAUUUUCGGAGGCAGAAUAUUCCAACUAAAUCUCAUCUAUCAGAGAGUACAAUAUCUCUGAAUCAUGCAUCUUCUAAUAGCAAAGAUUUUCAAAAUGAAGUUGGAAAAUUGAACUUUGUACCAUCUCUGUCUAUUGGAGUGCUGCAAGAAAUUGGGAGGCGGUGUUGCUCUAAGGUUGAAUUUAAGUCAAUUGUAAGCACCAGCAAAGAUUUGCAGUUUUCAGUGGAGGUACUAUUCACUGGUGAGAAAAUAGGCUUUGGUAUGGGUAGGACAAGGAAGGAUGCUCAACAACAAGCUGCCGAGAAUGCCCUUCGCAGCUUAGCAGAGAAGUAUGUAACACAUAUGGAGCCUCAAUGUAAAGCUGUUGAUAAAGAAUUUGAUAAGCUUUCUCUUGAACAUGAAAAUGGUUUCUUGUGGGAUGUGGUCGAUGCGGAGUCCUGUGAACUGCAGACAGAAGAUGGAUUACCGAGAGAAAGUGCUUCUGAGGCUCCAGAUGCUGAGACCCGGCCAUCAAAUCCCAAUCCCAUCAAUCAGCAAUUGGAAAAACGUGCUAACUUCCCAAGAACGCAUCAGCCUGUUCAUAGCAAACGAUUGAAGGAAUGA